CGCGCUCACGUUGCGGCAGACACCUUACACACGGAAGUGGACCCGGAGGAGAGUUUGUUGUUGAAGUUUUUGUUGGUUUGAGUUUUAGGAACAGCGGUCGGGAUGUUUUUUUAUUUGUUGUUUAUUUGUGAUGGACACUAAGCUAGGAGGCUCAGCUGCUGGUUGCAGUUUUCUCUGACUGAACUUCACCUUCCAACAUGUUCUUCAAGUGUAGAACGGACAACGCUGAGCUGAGAGAAAAGGAUGACGACAGCCACUGCUCUCAGUCUUUAAUUUCUUCAGUGGAAAACAUUGAGCUGAAUGAAAUUGAAAAGGAUGUCCACAGCUAUCAGACUGCACGCUUUUCAGUGCCUCCACAAAAAACAUUUGACUUUGUACUGGUGGCCAACAAGGAGGACAAUAACAAGGAACAUUCUCAAAAACAAAAAGACUUUAUGCUGGAGCUUAAAAGGAAAAACAUCACAGUCACGAAAAUAACACACGAUGAAAAAAUAUUUUUUGGCCUUCGUGCUCCCAUUGAGAUGUUUGAAGAUUAUCAGUAUCUGCUCAAAGUUUCGGACUCCUGCAACUGGUGUGGAGAAGUAAAGGGAGUCGUCACCCAGGCUAACAGGAUUCGUAUUGUUAAUUUCAUUCUCCAUCAUACAUUCAGCAAAAAAGAGAGCCUGAAGGACUUGUUAAAAAAGGGUGUGUUUGAAACCAUGUUCUGUCUUCAUGAGGGAAAAGACCAAGUGAAGCUACAAAAACAUUGGGCUCGGUGGUCGGCUCUUUUUUCAUUGCAACCAUUUGACGAGAUCAGGAGGUACUUUGGGGAGAAGGUGGCGCUGUACUACCUGUGGCUGGGCUGGUACACUACACUGCUGAUUCCAGCUGCAGCUCUGGGUGUUGUAGUCUUUCUCUAUGCACUCGCCUUUUUCAACACCAGUCCUCUCAUUCAUGAGGUGUGUGACUCCAACAUCACCAUGUGUCCUCGCUGUGAUAAGAGGUGCCACGUAUGGCAACUUUCAGACACCUGCACCUAUGCUAAGGUCAGCCAUCUAUUUGACAAUGAGGGCACUGUGGCUUUUGCCAUGUUCAUGGCAAUCUGGGCCACACUAUUCCUGGAACUGUGGAAGAGACACAGAGCCAGAUAUGUGAGUCACUGGAAGGUCUAUGACUGGUGUGAGGAAGAGGAGGAACUGAUCAUGGAAAUAGUCAAUAAUUCAGAAUGUAAAGCCAAAGAGUAUGAACACAGUUAUUGGCGUAGCACUCUGGUCCUCAUCAUGGUAACGGUCAUGCUGAUGGUGAUCAUCGGUCUCACUCAUGUUAUUGUGGUGUUUCGAGUGGUGGCUGCUCCCUUAAUGUUUGAUAGCGAGUGGAAGUUUUUGCAAGAGAAUGCCAACUUUGUAGCCGUGCUGCUCGGAGCAGUACUGCACUAUGUCACCAUUCAGGUCAUGACCCGGGUUAAUAAAUGGGUGUCGCUCAAGCUCUCUCAUCUAGAGAAGCCACAUUCACAGAAAGCCAGAGAGAGAAGCUUCACAGUCAAGAUGUUCACCUUCCAGUUCUUCACUCUCUUCUCAUCUCUGUUCUACGUGGCCUUUUUUCUGGGCAGGGUAAAUGGCCAUCCAGGACAAUAUGCACGUAUUGCAAGUUUCAGGUUGGAAGAGUGCCAUCCUAGUGGCUGUCUGACAGACCUCUUCAUUCAGAUGGCCGUGAUCAUGGUGCUCAAGCAGACUCUAAACAACAUUUUUGAAUUCACUGUUCCCUGGUUUAAGAGUCUUUUGAGCGGAAGGGCUGAGAAGAAGCUGUCGAGGAAGUGUGGUCACUGCUACAGAAAAGCAUGCCGCGAUGUGCAUGGACGUGUAGAACCAUGUGAUACCUGCAAACUUCGUGUGUGGCUGAAAAACUACCACUUGUCUGUUUCUGAUUCCUUCAGUCUGUUCAAUGAAUUCCUGGAGAUGGUGAUCCAGUUCAGUUUUACCACCAUAUUUGUGGCAGCCUUCCCCCUUGCACCUCUUCUUGCUCUCAUCAACAACAUCUUUGAGAUCCGCCUGGAUGCCAUCAAGAUGGUUCGUUUGGAGCAGCGUCUGAUCCCCAGGAAGACCAAUGAUAUAGGUGUUUGGACACAGGUGCUGGAGGCCGUUGGUGUACUGGCAGUGAUUGCUAAUGGUCUGGUCAUUGGAAUCUCCUCAGACUUCAUUCCUCGUCUCGUUUAUCGUUAUCGUUACGGCCCUUGUGCCAAUGGACUCACGGACACUCACUGCAUGCAGGGCUACAUUAACAACACCCUGUCCACAGCCUUUAUGAGCACAGACAACCGGGACGUCUACGUACACCCAUCUGAAAGAAACUUCUUUAAUGUCACUCCAUGCAGCUACAGAGACUACAGGAAUGAAGUGGACCACUCUCUGACCCCGCAGUUCUGGCUGGUUCUGGCUGUACGUUUAACCUUCAUCAUCCUGUUUGAGCAUGUGGUGGUGGUGUGUAAGUUUAUUGCAGCCUGGUUCGUCCCCGACAAUCCCAUUAAGGUGAAGAACGAUCGUCUGAAGGACAAACUAAAACGGCUCCAAGACGAGUUGAAAUUACGGAAAGGCAAAUCAACAGAAGUGUGACUCCCAUGACAACUCCCUUCAGGCUGAGGCAUCAAAAGGAAAGAUGGAUUCAUGCUUUUAAUAUUUUACACUUGCUGUUGAAACACCAACACUUCAAUGCUGUGUGAGGUUAUAAUUGAA